UGACUGUGUACGAGUAAAUCCACAGAUAUUUUAAUAAAUUCAAAUCCGUCCAUAAGCAAUUAAGCAUGAAGUGAGUGACCAUUGUUUUCCAACCUCAAAUUUAAACCAACUUCCAAAUUUGCUAAAAUCACAUUUAAGAGUUAAGAGUAAGACCCACGCCUCGCCAUAGCGAAACUCUCCAUUCUCCCUAAGAAACUCAGAUAGAAGACGAAGACAAAGCACGUAAACCAAACGGCGUCGUUUCUAAUUUUCAAUUAGAUUCAGAAAUACGUAGAGAGAGAGAGAGAAUGGGGAGUUUAGGAGCGAUUAUGAAGCAUCCAGAUGAUUUGUAUCCGUUGCUGAAGCUGAAAAUGGCGGCGAAGAAGGCCGAGAAGCAGAUCCCGCCGGAGCCGCACUGGAGAUUCUGCUACACCAUGCUCCACAAGGUUUCUAGAAGCUUCGCACUCGUCAUUCAGCAGCUCGGUACCGACCUUCGCAACGCCGUUUGCAUAUUUUAUUUGGUUCUUCGAGCGUUGGAUACCGUUGAGGAUGAUACCAGCAUAGAUACAGAUGUCAAAGUGCCAAUACUAAUAGCUUUUCAUAAUCACAUAUAUGAUCGUGAUUGGCACUUUUCAUGUGGCACAAACAACUACAAAGUUCUAAUGGACCAGUUUCAUCAUGUUUCAACUGCUUUUCUGGAACUUGGAAAGGGCUACCAAGAAGCAAUUGAGGAUAUUACGAAAAGGAUGGGUGCAGGAAUGGCCAAAUUUAUUUGCAAGGAGGUAGAAACAAUUGAUGACUAUGAUGAAUAUUGUCACUACGUGGCAGGACUUGUUGGGUUAGGUUUAUCAAAGCUUUUCCAUGCCUCUGGUUCAGAAGAUCUUGCUCCAGAUGACCUCUCCAAUUCAAUGGGCUUGUUUCUGCAGAAAGCAAACAUUAUGCGAGAUUAUUUGGAAGACAUCAAUGAGAUCCCCAAGUCACGAAUGUUUUGGCCUCGGCAGAUCUGGAGUAAAUAUGUUAACAAACUUGAGGAGCUGAAAUAUCCGGAGAAUUCCAUCAAGGCAGUGCAAUGCUUAAAUGACAUGGUCACUAACGCUCUGAUGCAUGCCGAAGAUUCUUUAAAGUACAUGUCUGCAUUAAGAGACCUGGCUAUAUUUCGCUUUUGUGCUAUUCCCCAGAUAAUGGCAAUUGGGACAAUUGCAUUGUGCUAUAACAACAUCGAAGUCUUCAGAGGUGUAGUAAAAAUGAGGCGUGGUUUAACUGCCAAAGUGAUUGACCGAACAAAGACAAUGGCUGAUGUUUAUGGUGCAUUCUUUGAUUUUGCUUGUAUAUUGGAGUCCAAGGUUGACAAAAAUGAUCCCAAUGCUACAAAAACAUUGAGCAGGCUGCAAUCUAUACAGAAGACUUGCAGAGAAUCUGGUCUCCUAAGUAAAAGGAAAUCUUACAUUGUGAAUGGGAACGGAUAUAGCUCCACCAUGAUCUUCAUCCUGAUCAUCACGUUUUCCAUCCUUUUUGCAUAUCUCUCUGCUAACCGCCAAAACAUUUAGUGUACGUUCUAUUGUUGGUUCUAAUGUAUUGUAUAUAUGUAACAAAUUAAAAAUAUAACCACUUAUAUUUUCUAAUAAUUGUUCACUUCUUUUAUUUUUGUAGUAUUUUAAGCCUUCUUGCCUUUCUGUCUUUCUGACCUUGGAUGGCAUUCCUCAUCCGACACAAUGUGAAGCCUUGCAGGCAGUAGUUUAAUGGCUAAAGUAAUUUGUCGUGUGUUGUAGUAACUGAAAAUGAACAGUGUAAUAUAUAGUUCCUGUAGGCUUGUGAUAGAUUAACUUUACGAAAACUGUCAUUAAUACGUCUUGAACUCUUGAUAUACUUGCAUAGAGUUGGAAUGCCAAAUCAUUUCAGAUAUAUUUAUAUUUUA